AUGGCGAAUCCACAUGAACCUCAUUUCUUUAAGCCGCUGCUUCCUGGUUUCCAAAGUGGCGUCACAAUACCACUUGCCUUCUUCUCAAAGCACAUAGAAGGGAAGACGAACCAGAAAACAUGGAAACUAAGAUCAGACGCUUCAGAUCAAACUUGGGAAGUGAUACAAGAAGACAGGACACUCACCAGAGGUUGGAAAGAUUUCACCACAGCACAUGACCUUCAAAUCGGUGACCUUGUCAUCUUCAAACACGAAGGAGACAUGGUGUUUCAUGUCACUCCUUUUGGUCCUAGCUGUUGUGAGAUUCAGUAUACACAUCCUCACAUCAUCAAGGAAGAAGCCGACGCGGGUGAUGCUGAUGACAAUGAGAUUAGUAAGUCUUGA